AUGCAUCAUCAUUUAUUUGUAUCGGACGAAAUCCAUGCAGUAGAUUCAGUCUUACGAGAGAUUAAGGAUGAUCCUCGGAUUGAAGACAUUAAGCGUGGCCUUUUUUCCCUGAAAUCAACUUUAUGGAUUAAACCUCUUGAAGAGCAAAGUAUUUCAGACGUUUUACAACCAUUUUUGUCAAUAUUAGACUACAAAGAUAUUAAUGAAACAAUUGCUGUCACAGUAUUCAAGUCAUUACAUCGAAUAACUCAUCAUAAAGUGUGUUCAGAUAUAGAAAAAGGAGAUUUCAUGGCAUCCAAUCUACUUAAAAUUUUCAAUCGUCACACUAAUCAUCCGAAUUUUAACAUUUAUGCUGUAAAUACCUUUCAAAUUAUUUAUGAAUUAACACAAGGACAAAAGGUCAGUCCGCAAGUUGCAAUAAAUUCUCUCGAAUGUCUCAUUGAACACUAUCCAAAUCUUAAAUUACCAUUAAUUUUGCCUUAUAGUUUUUCUAUUUUGGCAAAUAGCAUGGCUAUGGUUGCAAUCCCUUUAUCAACGGAUUUACUUGGAUAUCUAAUUAACAUGUCUCGCUAUGGUGUUCCCGUACAAAGAGCUCUUUGCAUAGAAAUACUCGCAGCUAUAUCAGCAUCACCAGAUAUCGACAUAAAUCUCAUGAGACCGGCAUCGGCAGCAUUACUAGUUGACUCUCUCAACAAUCCAGACCGUACAUAUUUCGUUCCUGUUUUAAGAUUAUUUUUUAUUCUGUUUUCACGCAGCUGGGACGAUCAUCUCAUAGAAUUUGGUACAUGCAUUGACUUACUACUAUCAUUUAUUAACUCAAAAACACAUAAUGCCGAUUUAAGAGCAGAUACUUUUGAAUUAUUAGCAGAUUUCGCAGCAAUUCCCAAUUUUAUCAAACAAUUAUACUCAAACUUCAAUCAGAGAGACGCUUUACCGAAUCUUUCUGAUAUUUUCCUGCAAACAAUUUGCACAAUUGCAGGAUCUGACUCAGAAAUCAAAGUUUCAAGGCAAUUGGCCAUCGGAGUAGUCUCAAGUAUCGUUGGCCAACUUUCUGAUUUCAGACAUCGCUCGCAAUCCACUUUUAUUGAUAGUUUAGAUUUUAAUGAAGAGAAUCGUGUACUAAAAACUUACAAAACAGAUGUAGACAGUCUCCUACAAGGCUUCAAUACCGAUAUGACCCCUCAAGUCGCCGCUCACCACCUUCUUUCCAUAGGAACAAACCCCGACCAACUUGGUAUUUUUUUUUCAAAGAACGAUAAUUUUUCCCUCAAUUGUUUGGAUGAAUUUCUGAGCCUCUUAAAAUUGAGAGGUCUUCCAUUUGAAAUGGCCAUUCGUGUCUAUUUGACUGUUAUUCACUUCCCAGGUGAAGGGCAAGUUAUUGACAGAGCCUGUGAACAUUUUGCGAAAAAUUUUUACAAAAAAAACAAAAAUUUAUUUUUCAAAACGGAAGCAUCAGUUCACAUUCUCUGUUUUGCAUGGCUAAUGGUUCAUACAUCCCUACACAAUACAAGUGUUACCGAGAAGACAACGCAAGAGUCAUUUAGAUCGAUGUUAAAAGGCCAAAACGAAGAUGAAGAUUUCGAAGAAGAUUUUUUGAAUUAUUUAUACGAAGACAUCCAAAAACAUCCAUUAUUUACAGAACUAAACAACCAGAUGAGAACCCCUGAGUACUGGUUCAUCACCGAACAGCGCGAGACAGUUCUAAAUCUCAGGAAAAACACAGGUUACGAAAUGGGAGUCACCGCUGCUUUAUUCGAAAAAACAUGGAGAUACGCGGCAUCUGUUUUUUCAGACCUUUUCCAAAGUGGUCAAGAACAAUCAGUUGAUGCUUUUACUUCAAGUGUUCAAAUAGCAUCAACAUUCCAUGAAACUCAUAUAAUUGAUAACGUAUUCAAAACUUUCUGUGCUUUUUCGGUCACUUCACUUAACGGUGAAUUAUCACUUCGUGCCAUUGAAUUUGUUUUGAGAAUAGCUAUAAGUUACGGUCAGGAUAUUUCGGAUUGGUCACCUUUCUUGUCACUUUUAGCACGUUAUUUCCAACAUGGUACUAUUCCAAGUUUAAUGUGUACUUAUAAAGACAUAGUUAAUGGCAGCUUUGUAUUGAUUAAUCCCGCUAUGUUUACUUUGCAAAAAGAGAAUGUUGAAGUGACAUUUUCUAUAAACAGAAGACAAAGAAGUCAUUCAAGUGUUUCUCAAAACAUAAAUGACACAAAUCUCGCAAUGAUGAUGAAAAACUUGAAUCCUGAAAUGAUAGCACAAGCAAGCCGUUCUUUCCCUGUAAACUCUGUACAAUGCAUGCUCAGGGAUUUCAAUAACUCUUGUUCUUUGUCAAGAGUUUCUUCUGAUGCUGCAAUUGCAACGUCACUUUUUUUGAUAAAUUUCGGAUGUCAAAUUAUUAAAUACAAUGCAGAUAGAGUUGAAGAGAUAGAUGCCUACAAACUCUUCGAUAUAGCUGCACAUGUUUGCGCUGUUGUUAAUAGACCACAAGCAAUGCAAUCAAUUAUUUGUAUAUUUUUGCCAAUUUUUGAUUUCAUUUCUCCGAAAAUUUUCAUCAAAGGGCCAAGUUUGUCAAGGAUGUUCUCACAGAGAAAGUUCAUACAGCAGAACAUCGAAUACAACAUUCUUUUCUUGAGAUUGUUACUUGAAAAAGAGUUUUAUCAUCCUUCUCUUUUCAAAAUGAUAACUUGUCCAACUGAUUCCGUUGUUUUGUGGGAUUUGUUUAUAACUAUUGAGUCUAAAAUACCAAAAACAUCUUUAGAAUGCUUGGAAUGCGUUGCGUUUUUGGUUGCAGGAAACAAAGUUCUACAAAUAACUGAAAUUGAAAACCGUUUACAAAAAAUUCAAAAUAAUGAAAACGUGACAAAUGUAUUCAAUAUUUUGAUGAAUGCCACGAUGAAUUGCAGCGAAAAGAUGAAGAGGUUCUCAAUGAUGAUGAUGUCUUUUUGCCAGAUAGAGAACAAAGUUGAUUUAUUGACUGCGGAAUUCGAACCAAGUUGGUUGGAUUUCUUGAAAAUGUCAAUAGAAUUCGAAUACAAAGAUAAAAGGCUUUUCGAAUUCAUUGACAAAGUUUUGUUAAAAUUCAAAGAAAAUGAAGAAUUUGUCAACAAAACUAAAACAUUUUACUCUGUUUUGAAGAGAGAAAAUGACUUGAAUGAGAAUAAUACACCGCAGAAUGAAAGAAGAAGUUACUUGUAUCAUAUUGCUAGAACAUUAACUACUAUUAUUUGA